CCGCGCGCACGCGCCCUCGCUGGCUGGGGCUGGGGCUGGAGUCGCAACUCGGAAGCCGGAGCCCGGACGGGCCCGGGGCGGGGAAGGGGGGGCUGCGCGGGGGCGGGAGCAGCGGAGGCAGCCGCCCCUGGCGGCGGGUUUGUUUAUCCCGGGGAAGAAGUUUAGGAGCGGGAGACAGGGAAGGAAGGCGGGCCGGGGAGGAGGGAUGCGGCUCGGUGGAGGCGGCCGCCACAGGGACUCGCCGCCAUCACCUCCGCCGCCGCGGCCGCCGCAGCCGCCGCCUCAGCGGGAGAGAAGUCGCUGCCGGGACUGCGCGCCGCCGCCCCGCACGCCCGGGUGUUUAAAGGUAUACAUUUCCAUCUGAAUGCAUCCUUCAUUGUAUCCUAUAAAUCUUGUAAAGUAUUCAUCUGUGUGGGAUAUUGCAUAAAUCUUGGAAGACUGCAGUAAAGUGGCAAUGUCUCGGGAACCCAGCCCACCUCUCCCUGGAGAUAUGUCUACUGGUCCUAUAGCAGAAAGCUGGUGUUAUACACAGGUUAAAGUAGUAAAAUUUUCCUACAUGUGGACCAUUAAUAACUUCAGUUUUUGUCGAGAGGAAAUGGGUGAAGUGUUAAAAAGUUCAACAUUCUCAUCUAGCCCCAGUGACAAAAUGAAAUGGUGCCUGAGGGUAAAUCCAAAGGGAUUAGAUGAUGAAAGUAAAGACUACUUGUCCUUAUAUUUGCUUUUAGUCAGCUGCCCAAAAAGUGAAGUUCGAGCAAAAUUCAAAUUUUCCCUUCUAAACGCCAAAAGGGAAGAAACAAAAGCAAUGGAAAGCCAAAGAGCAUAUCGGUUUGUACAAGGGAAAGACUGGGGUUUUAAAAAAUUCAUUCGAAGGGAUUUUUUGCUUGACGAAGCUAAUGGUCUUUUACCAGACGACAAGCUUACAUUAUUUUGUGAGGUGAGUGUGGUCCAAGAUUCAGUAAAUAUAUCAGGACAUACUAAUACAAAUACUUUGAAGGUGCCUGAAUGUCGACUAGCAGAAGAUUUAGGUAAUCUCUGGGAAAACACAAGAUUUACAGAUUGCAGUUUUUUUGUGAGAGGACAAGAAUUUAAAGCUCAUAAGUCUGUACUUGCAGCUCGAUCCCCAGUUUUUAAUGCAAUGUUUGAACAUGAAAUGGAAGAAAGCAAAAAGAAUCGAGUGGAAAUAAAUGAUGUAGACCCUGAGGUUUUUAAAGAAAUGAUGAGAUUCAUUUACACAGGGAAAGCACCAAACCUUGACAAAAUGGCUGACAACUUGUUGGCAGCUGCAGACAAAUACGCACUGGAACGGCUGAAGGUCAUGUGUGAAGAAGCUUUGUGUAGUAACCUCUCAGUAGAAAAUGUUGCUGAUACCCUUGUCCUUGCAGAUUUGCACAGUGCAGAACAGUUGAAAGCACAAGCCAUAGACUUUAUUAAUAGGUGCAGUGUACUUCGACAGCUUGGGUGUAAAGAUGGGAAAAACUGGAACAGCAAAAUGAUUUGUCUAUGUUUUAUAAUUUUUCAAAAUCAAAGAAGCGUUGAUGGUGUAAAGAAUUUGUCCUGCUUUUGCCAAGCAGCGGACAUAAUGGAAACAUCGGGGUGGAAGUCCAUGAUUCAGUCUCACCCUCAUUUAGUAGCAGAAGCCUUCCGAGCACUAGCAUCUGCACAGUGUCCACAGUUUGGCAUUCCACGCAAACGGCUAAAACAGUCCUGAAAUCUUCCAUGAACUGUAGAAAAAUGGAAUUGACUUUUACUCCUCCAGGUCCAGAAGGAUUCUAAUAUACAAACCAUAAGCAAGAGUUGUUUCUGUUGUCUUGUCCACAGAACAGAAGCUGAAAAAGCAUAUUGCUUGCAUUUCAGGUGGAUAAUUUAUGGUUUAUUCUUCAGCUUUAAAUUAGACUGAUUAUACUCUAAUUCACUUCAAGGCCUUAAAUUAUCUUCAGUGACUUCUCUUGUUCAUAUAAUACUUUAAUUUUUUUAUUGUGCCUUGUCAUUUUGACUAAGGCUAUGCAGGAUUGCACUAGGUCCAUAAUGCAGUAAUAUUGAUAACUGAAGAUAUUAAGUUUCAAAAGGAUCUUCCAUUAGUUUGAGAAAAAAGCAAAAUGAAUUUUAUAGGGUUUGUCCUGUGCUGUCUCUAAGUUUAAAACUAGGUUCUUCUUAAAAGCACUUGAAUUGGAGAUUACUGAUAAUGUCUCCAGUCUAAGUUCUAUACAUAUAGGAGAACCUGCUUACCUUCAAGGUAAGUUACGGCAAUACACUGCUUCAAUUCUAAUUUAUUUUUCAUUUCAGGGGGCAAAUAUGCAAUGAGUUGGCCCAAAUUUUUAGUAAAAUUUGUGAUGUUUGUGUGUUGACUGUCCAACAAACUGAGAAAAGCAUAACAAACUUUUGCUUGUGUUUUUUGUGGAUUUAUUCAAGUUUACAAUGAUUGAGAACUGAUUGAGGUUAAGAUUUCAAUAAAAAGAAAGCAUGUUUUAUGCUGAAUUAAUUUUUUUAAUUUAUAGUGACAUACAUUUAUAUGAAGAAUUCUGUCCAUGUUGAAAGUAAGGAUGACCAAAUGUAAAUUUAAGGAGUGGGCCAAUUAAGAAAGAUAUAAUGCACUUUUAAUGUGUAACUUUUGUAUGCUAAAUGGUACAUAUAUUUUUUUUGUUUUGUUUUUGAGGGAAUUAAUAAGGUAUAAUUAAUUGUGUCUUAACUUUUGAAAGAAUUUUUUAAGACCAAUGGAGGCAAUUGGGAUGUUUGUGAUAAUAGAUAAGAACGAUAGCCUUGAUUGUAGUUAAAUUGGUUUAAAUUUCAGAUAUUUAUUAUUGAAUUUAUUCCUGUCUUAUCACACUUUGGAGAAGGCAACUGAAUAAACAAAUCCUGGAUACUCUACUCUCCUCCUGAAAACAGUGAACUUAUAUUAUUUGCAGACUAAAGGAGAGAGCCCUUAGAAAUAUGUCAGGCCACACUCUGAACCUUUUUUCCCCCCUAGCUUUCUCCUUUCUGUUUCAGUUACUGUACUAACAUUGUGGAUGAUAUUGAAAUUCUGCAUAAUGUGAACAGGAUAAACUAUUUAUAAACUGCUUUUCAUGGGCCAGUUCUUUAUUAUAAAUGAAUUUAGCUUUAAACACAUACACAUGUUCAGUGUUUGGAUAGCUCUGUUCACAGUGGAGUCUGUUCUGGUGCAUUAUCCCAGAGAAGUAGGAGUGAUCAGUGGCAAGUCACUGCAUCUGAUUUUCUGUGAUAGUGACAGUAUGCUUCGUAGGCAAGAUUUAUACUUGACCACAAGGGAAAAAGUGUCACUGGAAAAAAAAAACACAUAUACUUAUAUAUUCACGUACAUACUUUAUUCCCCCAAUUAAAAUUUGUAUGCUAUGUUUAAUUUUUGAAUUUAGGAUAAAAGGAGGAAAAUGAAGCCUGAGGAUUUAAAAUAGAUUUCGUUUUUGUUAUCUCUUUGUUAGGUAGUCACUGAAGCAAUUUUAAUAUAUAAAGAGUGAUUCAUACUUACAUUAAGCAAGCACUGUCAAAUAAGCAUUUAUUAAUCCACAACAAACUGUAGUUUGAAAAGAUCAUAUUUUCAGAUAGCUUCAUUUCUUUCUGUGUAGUUUAAUGGGAAUCUUUCUUAUGUUAACUUAUAUUUGAAAUUGGAAAAAUCCCUUGGGAUAGAAGGAUUCUUACAUGUUAUUGGACUCCAUCCUGUGUAAGAAUACUAUAGGGAGUAGAACCUCGCUUCCUUAACCAGAUUGAAUCUAUUAAAUUUACAAUGUACAAAUUUUAUACACACACAUACAUAUACAUGUUAAGAUUUUAAUAUUUUUCCAAGGUCUUAAAACAAAAUUCCUCAGGCUCUAGAACCUUGUUUUCAAAAAAAAGUACUGGUGUGUCCAUUUAUAUAUAAUAUGCACAGGCUCAUUGUGAAUUAAUUCAAUACUUAUAUGUACAUUUCUAACGAUAGUGACUUCAGUAAUAACACCCAUAUAAUGAACACUGCAGCUUGCUCCUACCUACUUACUUUAGUGUUUAUUGCAGAUCUUAAGGGUUUUAUUAUAAAGUUGUUUUUUGGUUUUGUUCUAAGUUUGGUAGCACAUUUUGUACCAAAAAUGUCAAACACUGUGCUGUGAGGAGAUACACGUUUGUAGAAAUGUCCACUUUUCAGAUUAUAUAAUGCCUACCAUUAUACUAACAGAAUCAUAUCAUAGUUGAUUUAUUUUUUUUAUUUAUUAUGGGGGAUUUUUUUUUUUUUUUUUUGGUAUUGUGGGUUUUUGAGGCAAUGGAAAAAAAAAGUGUAUUCUGAUGUGAGUGCUCUAAUAGCCUUUUUAUUUUUUCAUUUUGAAACUACACACAUUGUUUUCAUUAGGGACAGAAUCUGUCUGUCCUGAACAAUUUUGCCUUUUAUUAGCCUGCUCUUGUUUCCCUUUUGUCACCUAAACAGAGCUUUCCUUAGAAAAGUAGUGACUGGUUUUAAAUGUUGUUACAGGUUAUCAAAGUAACCAUUGGAGAGGUGUUCAUUAGCUUGAGAUACAGAAAUACUGUAUUUGUGCCUUUUUUGUUUUUAAAUUUUAACAUACAUUGGUAUUUAGAGCACAAAUAUGAAGGUGCCAUAAUGUUAUGGCUUGCCAUUGUUACCUCCUUGAAUAUUCAUGUGUCAUUGUCUUGAAAUAGUAAUUGGAGAACCAUGCAUGUAUUAUGUCAUCUGGGUGGGUGUGUGUGUGUGUGUGUGUGUGUGUGUGUGUGUGUGUACACGUACUUGUGUUUGCUUGGACUUGCGUGUGGUAUGUUCAGAAGAGUGAAUUUCUGAAAAUAGGACUCAGUUAAAUGUUGAAAAUUCAGGUUAGUUGAAAUAUUUCAUUAAAUGAGCUUUAUUUGGGGGGGCAGUUGAUAGAAAAUUAUAGUUUUCAAAAAUGUGACCAUUUACUGCAUGAUGAAAUGUGAAAACAGUGCCUUUUUAGGACAUCAAGUUUAAAGUUAAGUUUUAAAAUAUUCACAAAGAUAUCUUAAAAACUUGUCAUGAACAUUAUUAGCUUAUUUUUAAACUAGACCUAAGUUAGAAUUUAAAUUGCCAAAAGCAUAAUUACUGAUUUAUUUUCCCAUUUAAGUUCUGUGCAGAAAUGUAAAACCUAAGUAAAAGUUUUUAUAAAAAUGUGGCUCAUACAUGCUACCCAGUGUUACUAAAUUAGAACACUAGAGACUUCAGUAAAUUGUUUUGUUAAAAUCCAACUCAACAAGCUUUCUUCCUAGCAAGGUAUUUGAAAGAUGAAUUAUUCUGACGUGGACAUUCUUGCUCUUUGAUGGAUAAAAUAAAAAUAUUCAGUGUAUUCUUGCAAAAGGAGGUGGAUGAGUGGGCUUUACUGUUUUUAGAUUAUAAAAACAGCACUUUCAGCACAUAAGAGUAUUUUUUUUGUAAACCUCUUUUAUACAAAUUAUGAGCUCUACUUUAAGUGUUCAUGGGAUGAUGUCAAUUUUAGAUCUAGUUGAACAAAUAUUGAGUGCCUAUCAUAUGCAAGACUCCUCUUCACUAGGAAUGAAAUCACCACACCGUGUCUUCUGUUUGCAGUAUGUGGACUUUAUGUUUAAAAAGAAAUUCUUAUAUUUAAAUCUUUUUCUGUUUGUUAGAGUUUAUCGUUGUAUACUGUAACCCAGUUAAUUUCACAUCCAGUUUUUUAGAAUGAAGAUAAAACUUAAGUGAGUCCCAUUUUUGAAAAUAAAAUUCUGCUAAAAUUAUUUAAAAAUUAAUUCUGGGGGAAAUUGAUUUUCAAGAUUCAAAUGUGUAAAGACUUAUAUGAACUUUUCAGCCUCAUUUUUAAUCAGCUGAUGUUAAUGAUGAGAUACAUACUUUUUGUAUCUUGUUGCUGAAAAUAUUUUUUGCAUUUCAGCACGUUGAGUUAAAAUAAAGUUGUUACUACUUAUUCAGAA